GAGGAAUCGGUACGCGGCCACUCUUGUUUUUGCUGUUGUUGUUGUUUUACCGUUUAAAAAGAAAUAAUCAGAAGCAGUCAACAGCGUUUCUUUGUGCGCGGUUGUCUUGCCUUUCCCACGCACUCCCACAUCCAUACACGGAGGGGAAACAGACGGAAAACGAAAUAACACUACCACACAGCACCAAUUCCCCAAAUGCCGCGCAAAGCCCUUCUCGGCAACUGGUUCGAGGAGGAGGCCUACGAACGCGACCGGCGGCGGCUGAUGCAGGGCCGCAGCGGCGGCGUCGUCGAGGCCUCGAAGGAGGUCGCCAACAUGAUGGCCAAGGUGAAGCACCACAACACGCCCCACGCCAUCGCGCCGAUCCCCGCCGACGGCUUCCUUCGUUUUUACGUGCCGCUCAUGCUGCAGAAUGCGAACACGUGCGGCUUUCUCAGCGUCGACCUGGAUGAUCGGAAGGCCACGACGACGGGGUGGCAGGUGGCGUGUUCCACCGCCCCUGCGGAGGAGGCGACGCUGCGCUGCACGGUGGUGAUGGUCCCGGCCGCGAUGCCGCCCACCGACAGCUUCCCGAUUCCAGAGGACGAAGAGGACAUGGUGCACUACGGGCAACCCUUUUACUUAAUGACAGUGCGCGAGCUGUGCCCCGACCCGCUCUUCCUCAUUUCCGAGGCCGUCUCCCCGGGGAACGCGUCGCACGUGUCGGGGAAGCUGCAGCACGUGUACUUCUCGCCGGACGGCGGGGGCGCCGAGGCGAUGUGGUGCAUCGACGACGCCAAUCCCGCCUAUCAGGAGGACUCGCGCGAUCACCCGGUGAGGGCUGAGGAUGUCAUUCGAGUUCGACACAACAUGACGAACACUCCGCUGGCGAGCUUAAAGGAGACGUUUUACAACGACUUUGGGCAACAGUAUGAGGUGGGGUGUGGGAAGCUGACGCUGCUGUCAACGCGUAAGCGCGGUGGCCCGCCGGUGAAGGAGAACUUGUGGAUGUUUAUUCACGACGGACAGGGACAACAGCAGCAACAAACGCAAGACGGGGCAGAAGGAGGAAUGGAGAGCACUUCUUCGUCGCCGCAGACUGCCACGGCAGCUCCGUGA